CUUGUGACUGACUAAUAUUACAGGGUCGUGUAAUUGUCAACUAAUUACACCACAAAAAUCCACCAACACAUACCACUUUCCUCCCACUGUAUAAUUUCCAUAUUACAAAACCAAUAAAUCAUACAUCAAUAAAUAUCACAAAAUACAUACACAACUAUAUAUAUAUAUAUAUCAGCAACCACAUGGCUACUCAGAAAGCCCACGACGCCACCGGAAAGAUGAGUCAGCUCUGCCGGAGAAUCGUCCACGUCAACGUCCGGUGGAGCAUCGUGGAGAAAGUUGCUAUACUCCGGCGGUUCUUUAGGAUUAUCUGGGAGAGGAUUCUUGUUUGCUCGGUGCGGGUGCGCGGUAGUAAUAGUAGAGCUCGCUACAGGAGAAUAUUGUCCACCAGAAGAAACGACGCCGUUUCUCCUCUAACGGAAUCCAUCGGAGAAAACCACGCUGUUACGACGGCGUCAACUAGCGGCUACGAAACCGACUCCGAUUUGGUCUCCUUGAAGAUCAGUUUGUUGGGUGAUUGCGAGAUCGGCAAAACAACUUUUCUGAUAAAGUAUGUGGGAGAUGAAGAAGAAAAGAAAAGUUUGCAGACGAAAGGGGUAAAUUUAAUGGACAAAACAUUGCAUAUUGAAGGUGCAAGAAUUGCUUUCAGAUUAUGGGAUGUUGCAGGUGACAGGCGGUCAUUUGAUCAAGUCCCAAUUGCGUGCAAAGAUGCUGUAGCAAUCUUGUUCAUGUUUGAUCUUACCAGUAGAUGUACUCUCAACAGUAUAACUGGAUGGUACAGCGAAGCAAGAAAGUGGAAUCAGAAUGCAAUUCCAAUACUAAUAGGGACCAAAUUUGAUGAUUUUGUUCAACUUCCACUCGAUAUUCAGUGGACUGUCGUCACUCAGGCACGUGCGUAUGCACGUGGUAUGAAAGCAACACUAUUCUUUUCAAGCGCAACGCACAACAUCAACGUGAACAAGAUAUUCAAAUUUAUUAUGGCCAAGCUCUUCAAUUUGCCAUGGACCCUCCACAGAAACUUGACUCUUGGUGAACCUAUUAUUGACUUUUAAUUUUUCUUAUUUCCCUUUUCUCUUCCAAUUAAUUAAUUAAUUGUCCUAACUAAUUAAUCAUACAUUUUUGUAAAUAGUUUAAUUGUAAUAUUAGCCAAUAUUAUUACCUUUUCCAUCUAUCCCUUUUUGGUGCAAUUGUUGUGCUUGGGAUAGUGCAAUUGUUGUGCUUUUAACGAAACGAAUCGGUUCAAUACAGAAACAAGAUUUCAUUAGUUCAGAUCA